CGUUGGAGACGGGUGGUGGUUUUGUUGGCCUGGUACUUGGUUUAGGCUGACUCCCUGUGGAUUCAGGCUGACAACCGAAGUCGCUGCAAAGGAAAUCUCAAGGGGUCAGUAUCUACAGUGUCACCAUGUCAGCGUGGAUCAAACGUGGGACUUACGACCAUGAAUAUCACCACAAACAGAGCAAAUAUGUGGUUAAAGAAUACAGCAGUUCUGAGGCGAAGGAGGAAAGGUAUGAGCACAGAACCAAGGUUCACGUUCAGGAAAUGGUAAGGACAAAGAUGUUGGACAAAUACGUGCACGAGGAGCCCAUGAUCAGGGGACCAAAGUUCCUGGUCAGACUGAGAUCUCACACCGUGUUUGAAAACACUCCAAUCAAACUCUUCUGUACUGUUGAGGGCUUUCCUAUGCCUUUUGUAAAAUGGUAUAAAGAUGAUGUGAUCCUGUCCAUGUCCUCUGGACAGUACCUGGUCAAAGCUAAUGGUGGAAUGCAUUCUCUGGAGAUCCCAAGAUGCUCAAUCGAUGAUACCGCCCAGUACACUGUUGUGGCUUGUAACUCCCAUGGACAGGCUUCCAGUCAGGCCUCCGUCAUUGUCAAGAGGUUCAAGCAGGAGGAGGAGUCCUGUUCAUAUGCAUGGCUGCCUUUCACUGCUGCCAUGCUUCCCAAGAUCAAUUACACUAAAAUCCACAUCACUUUUCUGGAGAAGUUUGGGCCAGUGUUUUCCUCUGAGGGAGGAUCUGCCACUCUGACUGCUACCAUGACCCUGAAUCCCAACCUUGCCAACCUGCAGCCUGAGGCACAGUGGUAUCGAGAUGACACACGUCUGUUUGACUCUAAAUGGGUGAAGAUUGAAACUGGCAGAGGAGUGAGCACCUUGACUCUGCCGAAUCUCUAUAAAGAGGAUGAAGGCCUCUACACACUGCGCAUGGUCACGAAAGGAGGCACUGCUGAACACAGUGCAUUUGUCUCUGUCGCAGAUGGUCCUCCUCCUGUCCCUAAUGCACCUGGUGCUCCUAUGGACAUCAAGAUCCACGAUGCCAAUAGAGACUAUGUCAUUGUGUCAUGGAAGCCCCCAAAUACCACCACAGAGGGACCAAUCCUGGGAUACUUUGUGGACAAGUGUGAGGUUGGAACUGAAAACUGGGCUCAAUGCAAUGAUCACCCCAUUAAGAUUUGUAAAUAUCCAGUUUCUGGGCUGUUUGAGGCACACUCCUACUACUUCAGAGUCAGAGCAGUCAACUCGCACGGCAUCAGCAAACCAUCUCGCAUGUCUGAUCCUAUCGCCGCACUGGACCCCACUGAGUUUGAGAGGCUCCAUGCCAAAAAACUUGGAGGAAGACUGGAUGUUGUGUCUUACCAUGAUGAGGUCGAAGCUGAGGGAAAGCCUCCAGGUGCUCCAUCAGGAAUUUCUAUCUCAGAGAUAGACAGGACAUAUGUGGUUCUGAGCUGGAAAGCCCCUGCAUAUUCCAGCAAGGCUCCUAUGUGGUACUACAUAGAAAAGAGUGUUGCAGACAGUGGUGCUUGGCAGCGUGUGAACACUCAGGUUCCUAUUCGAUCUCCCCGUUAUGCUGUCUUUGAUCUGGCAGAGGGCAAACAAUAUCAGUUCAGAGUACUGUCUGCCAAUAUCUAUGGAAACAGUGAGCCAUCAGAGCCAACUAAACCUGUUGAGACUCUGGAACUCAAAGGUGUGCCAUCUGCACCUGGUCAGGUAAUUGCUACCAGGGAAACGGACACCUCUGUCCUCAUCCAGUGGGCUCCUCCAAAAGAGCCCAACAAUCUGAUUGGCUACUACAUCGACCAGUGUGUGAAGGGGUCUAAAGACUGGACCUCGGCCAAUCACAAACCUCGCGGGAGCACAAAGUUUGUGGUCAGCGGUCUGACCACAGGGGAAACCUACGUGUUCCGUGUCCAGGCUAUCAAUGAGCUUGGUCUGAGUGAUGAAUCCCAGGAGUCCGCACCUCUGACUGUUAAGGCUGCCCUAACCACCCCAUCCGCUCCUUAUGACAUUGCACUGCUGAACUGUGACGGCCAUUCGAUGGUUCUGAACUGGAAGAAACCUCUUCACUCUGGAGGAGCAAAAAUCAAGGAGUAUUAUGCUGACAAAAGGCGCAGCGGAACAACUAUGUGGAGGGAGAUUCACAUCCCACCACUCUCAGAAAGACUUUAUAAGGUAGAGGGCCUGACAGAGGGAGCAGUCUAUCAGUUUCAGGUGUAUGCAGCCAACAUGGCUGGCCUUGGACCUGCAGCCAAACCUUCAGCCGACUUCACCUGUGAGGCCUGGACUAUGCCGGAGCCUGGCCCUGUCUACGACCUGACUUUCUGUGAAGUGAGAGAUAAGUCAGUGGUGGUCGAGUGGCAAAAGUCUGUCUAUGUUGGUUCUGGACCAGUUACAGGUUAUCACGUGGAGUACGCUAAGGCGGGCACAUCUGACUGGACCACUUCCAACAAGGAAGCUGUCAGUCACCGCUUCCACAAGGUAACAGGUCUGGAGGCAGGCAGUAACUAUGUUUUCAGAGUGCGUGCGGUCAAUGCUGCAGGAGUGGGGAUGGCCUCCAUGCCCUCUGACCCUGUGACUGCCAAGGCUUUGGAAGGUACCCAGGAGGUAUCCUGUGUUGUGGAUGAGAAGACAGGUGACAUUGUUCUGUCAUUUGAGUCGUGCCAAAUCACUGACGAUUCUCAGUUCAUCUGGAAGAAAGAUUAUAAAGAAAUUACAGAUUUCUCCAAAGGAGUAGUGAUUAAGACUGAGGGCAGCCAUUCUAAGCUGAUCUUUAAGAACGCAGAGAAAGAGGACUUUGGAACAUACUCUGUCUCUGUCACCAACACAGAGGGAGUGUCAUCCAGCUAUAAAAUCUCUGCUGAAGAGAUGGCAAAGAUGCUGGCACUCAGCUAUGAUAUCAGACAUCCAAUCAUCCCGCUGAAAUCAGAAUUGGCCUAUAAGAUUUUGGAAAGAGGCAGAAUGAGAUUCUGGUUGCAGGCUGAAGAGAUUUCUUCCAAUGUCACCUACAAAUUCUUUGCCAACAACAAGGAACUGUCUGGAGCUGAUCCCAACAAGAUGGGUCAUGACGUCUCUACAGGUAUUAUUGAGUUCAUCAUGGACCAUUUCACUGUUGAAAAUGAGGGGACAUUUACCUGCCAGAUCACAGAUGGAGGAGGCAAAGGACAGAGCUCACUGGUUCUGAUUGGAGAUGGUUUCAAGGCAGCGCUGGCUGAGGCUGAAUACCAGAGGAGAGAGUACAUCAGAGUCAAGGAGGGUCCCCACUUCAGCGAGUUCCUGUCACUUCAGGUUGGAGAUGACUGCUCUGUCACUCUGGUCUGCAAGGUUGCUAACUUAAAGAAGGAAUCAGUGUUCCACUGGUAUAAAGAAGACACUGAGAUCAUCCCUGAUGUGAAGCCUGACCUGGGAUCAGGAGUCUGUAAACUUCCAAUUAAGCUGUUUUCACUGAAGACAGCGGGAAUUUAUAAGGCCACCAUUAGUGAUGACAGAGGAAAAGAUAUGAGCCAAAUUGACAUCUCCGGAAAAGUCUUUGACGAUGCCAUAAAUAAGAUCAGCCAACUGGCUGGAGCCAGUGCAGCAGAGUUGGUGAUUAACUGCACAGCAACAGGCAUUCAGCUGCAGUGUCACAUGAAGUAUUACACCUCAGAGAUGAACAUCACCUGGUUUCAUGGUGAGACUAAACUCUCCCACAGUGACAAGAUUGUGAUUGGAGGAACCCCUGCGAUGGCAACCAUGGAGGUGAUUGAACCAGUGGAGAAGGAUAAAGGAAAAUACUCAAUCAUAAUCACCGACCCUGAAAACUCACAUAAACGCACACUGGACCUCAGCGGUGAUGUAUAUGAGAAGGCCUUUGCGGAGUUCCAGAAACUCAAGGCUGAGGCCUAUGCUGAAAAGAACCGUGGUAAAGUGGUAGGAGGACUGCCGGAUGUGGUCACCAUUAUGGAAAAGAAGACCCUGAGUUUAACAUGUACAGUGUGCGGGGACCCCAAACCUCAGGUCUCGUGGUUGAAGAACGGAGCAGAUGUAGAACCUGAUGAUCAGUACGUGGUCUCCCUGGACCAGGGCAGGUUUGCCAGUCUGACGAUCAAAGGCGUUUCCAUGGAGGAUUCUGGCAGAUAUACCAUGAUUGUCCAGAACAAAUAUGGAGGGGAGUCUGUGGAUAUAGUGGUCAGUGUGUACCGUCACGGAGAGAAAAUCCCUGAGGCGAAACCAACUCUGACCCCCAAAACAAUCAUCCCUCCAAAACUCCCUAUUGAGAUCCCUCAGCCUAAGACCCAGCCUGCUCCUAGCCCUGCUCCCUCAGCUCCUAGCCCCGCACCUCCUAAGGCAGCAGCUGGAAGAGGAGUGAAGAGCCCCACUCCUACCAGGAGGAAGUAGAAAGCAUCAUAAAUGAAGAAGAAACAUAUUCACACACUGGUGCACAUGUAAACCACUAUCUUUCAUUGGUAUUCUCUACCUGGACAAACAUAAAAAGCCUUGAAUGAAAUGGAGCUAACACUAUUGGCUUUGCAUUGGACAGACAAGAAAGCACUGAGAACUAAAGUAACAGUAACUGAUAAAGUAAGCAAAAAAUGAAAAAGAAAAAGUACUCCUGUGAUAUCAAUGUAUGAAAACAAAAUAAACUCAAAUGGAUAAAAGCAGUCCAUAUCUGACCAUGACUUAAUUAGAAAUGAAUUCUUUAAUUGAAAUGAACUGAAAUUAAACUUGAAUAAAGCUGAAAUUUCAUUAAAGCGAUUGCUGGAAAAAGA